CAUCAGAACAGAGGAAGUACAGAUGAAAUGAGAGUAAAUGAGUUUUAGAUGAGCUGUGCACGAUGCAACCAUACCAAUGAAUGUUGCUCGAGUGAUCCUUGCUCUAAUAUUCUGCACCUUUUUUACAGCGUCAUAUUUCACAAAUAAGUAUGUCCUGUUUAUCUUAAAGUUUACAUUUCCAACCAUUUUUCAGGGGUGGCAGACCUCCACUGGAGCUCUGUUGCUACUGGUUACUUGGAAACUAGGUUGGGUUGAAAUUAAUGGGCUGUCCAGAUCGGCAGCGUUUUCCCAGCUUCCUGGGUCAUUCUUAUUUAUUGGAAACAUUUAUGCCGGGUCCAAAGCACUUUCGCUUUUGCCAAUUCCGUUCUUCUUUGUGUUACAAAAUGCCUCAGAGGUCUUUACCCUUCUCAUUAUAACGGUUACUCAAAGAGAGAAACCGUCAUGGGUGAAAUUAUUAAGUGUGUGUAUGUUACUGGGAUCUGCUACCAGCCUUAUUCUGUACAAUCCACAGUUUGGUCCCAGUGGCUACACAUGGGCAUCCAUCCAUCUGUUCUGUGUUGGAUCAUAUAAAGUAUUCCAGAAGAAUUCCAAAACCAGCCAUCUAAGUGAUCUUGAAGAGCAGUUCAUCAACUAUGUGAUCAGUACAUUGUUACUUGCUUCCCUUGCGUACUCAACAGGUGACCUGUCUGGUGCCUUAGACUUUCCUCUCCUGACCUCAUCCAGGUUCCAUACUGGCUGUUUGGCCAGUGCCAUUUUCAGUUUUUCUCUGAUGCUUGCAACCGUGAAGCUGAAGAGCAGUCUGUCUCAGGAACACUGUGGGGUCUGGUUCUUCCUGGCUAAGGUAAUGGCCUCAGGUCUUUCAUUUCUUCUUUCCACAUUCAACACUGUGAUCAGUCCUGUGACACUUUGCUGCAUUAUCCUGAAUUACACCGGAGAUGCCUUGUUUUUGUUUUCUGACAGAUUCUAAAAAUUGUGAUUGAGAUUAUAAUUGUAUUCUUAGUGCCUUUGAAGAUUCACCAACCAUUGCAGAGUCACUCCACCAUAAACCUUUUAUACAGUCUUUAUUAAACAAUCCAGAUUAUGUCAUUGUUAAAUAACAUAUACCCUAGAAAACCCUCACAAAUCCCAAAAUAGAGCAUCAUUUAAAGGCACAGUAACAUUUGUUAGGACUGAAGUCCAUUUACAUAAUCUGUUUACUUUCACAUAUAUGUGGCCAGUAAAUUAUAAACAUUUAUUUGGGAUUUUCUGUUUCAGCAGCAACGUUUCUAGUUACUGUAAUUUGUCAAACUUGUACAUCUUUAUGUAGGAUGUCAUUGUCUUGCAAUGUUUACUUUUUAAAUCCUUUAUUGUAUCCUGUAUGCCACACCUUGUACAUUAGUACACCUCUUUGUAAAAACAAAACAUAUGGAGAAACAGUAUAUUAGCCUCCAGUAGCUCUCAUGCAGUUUUUCAGUUAUGUUUUACAUAAUGGCCGUCACCAUUAAAGUAUUAUUGGUAAAAUAUACAGUACUGUGCAAAAGUUUUAGGCACUUGUGAAAAAUGUUACAUAGUGAGGACGACAUAAAUAGUUUUCAUUUAUCAAUUAAUGUCACACAAAGUCCAGUGAACAUAAAAAAGCUAGAUCAAUAUUUGGUGUGAUCACCUUUGCUUUUAAAACAGCAACAAUUCUCCUACUUACACCUGGACACAGUUUUUCUUGGUUGUCGGCAGUUCCGAUGUUUCAAGCUGCUUGGAGAAUUCACCACAGUUCCUCUAACUAUUUCGGCUUUCUCAAUUGUUUCUGUCUCUUUAUGUAAUCUCAGACUGACUCGAUGUUCAGAGGGGGCUUUGUGGGGGCCAUGACAUCUGUUGUAGCAGGGCUCCCUGUUCUUACAUUUACAUUUAUGCAUUUGGCAGACGCUUUUAUCCAAAGCGACUUACAGUGCAAUUAUUACAGGGACAAUCCCCCCGGAACAACCAAGUGCCUUGCUCAAGGGCACAAUGGUGGUGGCCGUGGGGUUCGAACCAAAGACCUUCUGAUUAACAGCCCUGUGCUUUAGCCCACUACGCCACCACCAUUUUUUCUAUUCUAAUAUUUUCUAUUUGCAAAAGUAAUGUUUGGGAGUCUAACAUGUAUUUGUGCUAUUGACGCACUAAAGCUGAAGAUAUAAAUAACCAUCUUAAGACACAUGUUUUUGUGAAACAUCGUAUGUGCCUAAAACAUUUGCACAGUACUGUAAAUGUUGUUGUGGUGUAAUUUUAUUAAAGUGUGAGUAUGAUUCAUAAUGAUUGCAGCUUGGUUGACGGUUAUAAUAAUUUUCGUAAGAAAACCAGGGUGUCUAAUAACCAUAAAUAUAUAAAUAACUCUCGCCUUUAAAAUAUUCUUGCUACUAGUACUGGGAUUAUUCAGUUUGAACUGAAUGAUGUUUACUGCAUUUCAGAGCCACAAUAUUAUGCUAUUUUUACAGCUUCUGUCACAAAACUGCACCUUCCUUUAUUUAUUCAUUCUCUGUUUCAAAUCUGUCUUCUCAAAAGUAAAUAAAGUGAUUUCAAUGACCAUUUUCCAUCUUUGUUUUCUGCUGAAAAUAAAAUGAAA